AUGAUGUAUGUGGAAUAUUUGCAAAAUGAUAACUCUUCCAGUAAACCUAAACACACAGAAAAUAAAUUGGAAAAUGAUAGAAGAAAUUUAGAUGUAGACAGAUAUGGUAAAAUCAAAACUGAUAGAACAUUAAAGCAAUUUUUAAAUUUCAGUGGUCAAGAAAGUAGCAUUAGUGACAACAGAGAAAAUAAGCUACAUACAGAGCGAGAGAAUUUAAUGGAGUUUGGUAAUCAAAGUAAAGAAGAAGAAGAUGGUAGAAAAGAUUGUUUUGUUUCAGCUGAGAUCUGUGUGAGUGUGAAUGAUGAUCCUGGUGAAAUGUUAAAUGAGAAAAUUGUUAAUGGCGAGAGACAGAAAACAGAGGGAGUAUCAGAGAAGUUGCCCGAAGUGGAAAUGAUACACAAAACCACAAGAAAAAAAUUUUCAAGAAAGGCAGCGAGUGAUGUUUCAACACAGGAAGAACAUGAGAUGCAAUCAGAAACUAAUACUCAGCUAACAACAAAGAAAGAUGAUGUUACUCCAAAAACUGGAAAGCAUGCCCUGGAUAUCAUCCCAUACAAGCAGCAACAUUUUUCACCAAGAACCCAUUUUGAAUGUCGUCAUAAAGAACAUUGCUUUAUGGAAAAUAAUAGCCAUAAUACUUUAAACACUGAAGACAGAGAGUUUCAAUCGUGUGGUGAAAAAGGUGACUCUCUUUCAGCUGUAAGAGAUGCAGUACCUUUAGAGAAAGUUGCAUCUGCUUCCAGAGAGCUGGCGGUGCACAGUGGAAGUGAAAAAACAAAAUUAAACUUGCAAUCUGUGAGCAAUCCAGGCGUUUCCGGUAGUGUUGAAAGGGAUACAAAUGAACUGCACAGAGCAUCUCUGGAUAAAAGUUACCUCAUAGCAGAAAACAAAAUCCUAGAAAAAACAAAUUUAAAUCCAAAUGAGGCCAAGAGUACAAUGCAAGAAAUGUUGACUGCUUCUUCAGGAAAUAUUUCAGAGAAUCAGUAUGCAGCACAAGUCUCUGAAUCUUAUCCAUUAGAUUUGGAAGUGUCACCAGUGCAGAAUGAUCCAAGUUCAGGUACAGAAUUGUUAGGAAUUGCUGGUGAUUUAAGUGCAAAUAUAGACUUCUCAGAAAUUAUUUCUGGAGGAGAGGAUUAUUUUCCAUUGUCAGAACAUGGAUUAGCAAAAAAGCUUUUGAGUCAUGAUGAGAAAGUAAGUGAGAAGAAGAUAUCCCAGGGUAAAUUUUAUGGUUUGGACAACAUAAAUAUAAGCGUGAAGCAGCAAAGUGGAGAGGGUAAGUUAGAACAGGGUCAGACAUGUAACGAUUUAUUGCUAGUUGCAGAAACGGACAGUAGAAAUAAGGGCCACAGGACAAAGAGCAGCCGUGCUCUUACCAGUCCUCCAGCUGAGUCAGUGGUGGCACUGGGACUGCGGAGCAUGCUGCGGAGCACAGAUGUACUGGGGUUUUGA